CUAAAUGUCUCUUGGGUAAGGCCACCCAUAGGUGGUCUACAAUAAACAAAGUGAGCAAGACUACGUAGGGUGUGCCGCUUCAGUGGAAAUCUUGAACGGAACUUAUCUUCUGUCCAAUUUUAUAAGUUUCUGUAAUUAAUAUUUCAAGUCGUUUUUCCAAAACAAUAGUGUUAAUUUUAUACAUACAAGUUCAUUACUUAGCAAUUGUGAAAUUCCUAAAACUAUGAAUUCGAUGCAAUAAAAAUAAAUAUCCGUUCAUGGUUCGUUAUUAUAUACAGGAGUAGUCGUUUUCAGUUAUAUAUAUUUUUACCAAGAUAUAAAUCUGAACUGUCCUAGUGUAUUUUAUUGUGCAACUAGGCACAAACGAUUCAGUCAUUAUUAAAGGCAGGUGUGUGUUUGUACGUUUUAUUAAUUUCCUUGAAGAAUCGCUUUUAUUUCAAAUCAACGUCACAUCUGCUUACAAUGCAGUUUUUUGUUUGACUUAAUCCUCGUACAAAUGUUGGCUAACGACAUCCGCAAGCAAACCAUUAGCUGACUUCUUAGCAAGUUAAUGACUUCUCGUCAAUAAAAUAUCAGUUUUUCUCUGAUUAAUUGCGCAACCAAGAAACCAAAUCAAAUAUUUAUAAGUUGAGGUAGCAAUGUAUCUUUCAUAAAAAUGUUGGUUUUAAGUUCAAAACUUUCUUUGAAAAUUUUUCUUUCAAAUUCAUUGGCCUUUUGUAAUUCAAUAUUGGUCAAUAACUUGCGCUUGAGAACUUAAUGUUUUCAAUUUAAUUAUAAAGGCAAAUGGAGUUUUCAAUUAAUUAGCCGCAAAUCUGAAGUUCAAUCAUAGUUCAUCUUUUUUGAUGGCCAGAAAAACGAAAUCUGAUUAAAAUAUAAUGGCACCAAUUUUGUCAAAACUGUACACCUGUACUGUCUGUUAAGCUUCCUCAAAAGUAUCUAAAUUAGGUUUUCUCUUCAAGUUUCAUUCCGAGCGCUUCUUGAAUAAUUGAAUCUUCAAUUACAUUUUCUUCAAUAAUUUUAUAGAGCACUUAGUAGCUUCAAAAUUUAAAAUAUAUUUUACUGCCUCGAGAAAAAAGCCUAUUUGUUUUGACAAGUUUUGUCAAAACAACAGAAUAUAAAAUAACCAAGUCAUUGUCAAGUUAUUAUUUUCCUGUUUUAACAGAAAUGGGUCGCGUAAAAAAUGCAACUCUUCCUUACAUUCUUUCGUUCAUUACUCUGGGUCUCAUCAUUUGCCUAUUCUACCAACUUUAUCUAGCCAUCACUAGCCAGUUUUGGAGCGCAUAUCCCUUCACGGAACUAGUGGUUUCUUUUGUUAGCAUCAGCGUAGUGUUAAAAUUCAUGCCAAUUUUAUUCGUGAAAACGGACCUGUUCGUGCCGUUUUACAACAUAGCGAUGUAUCCUCCAAAGAGAUCAAAUAUUAGCAAGAUGGAGUGGGCCAAUGAGAUGAUGAGGAGGAAGAAGUAUGGCAAACUGCCCUUUAGUAGCAAGUACCCCAAUGGGUGGUAUAGCGUGUGUAGGAGUUCUGAUUUGGCAAAGGGCCAAGUGAAACCGGUCAAUAUUUUAGAUAAGAACCUAGCCGUUUUCCGCGGAGAGGAUGGCGUGGCUUAUGUAGUGGAUGCCUACUGUCCCCACUUGGGGGCCAACAUGUCAGUGCUGGGCAAGGUCAUCCGCAACUGUCUGCAGUGUCCUUUCCACGGAUGGACAUUCAGGGGAGAGGACGGAGUGUGUGUGGACAUUCCCUACUCCACAUCCACCAACACUACAUACCCUAAGCAGGCGCGUGUGAACUCGCACAUUGUGAUGGAGCGGAACGGGGUAGUGUUCAUGUGGUUCCACUCGGAGGAGGCGGAGCCAGACUGGGUCAUCGACCCGAUCGAGGACUACGAGGGCUACUACGAAGCAGGCCAAAUCACACACACCAUCAACUGCCACAUAUCUGAAAUCCCCGAGAACGGAGCUGACUUCGCACAUUUCUUCAUGCUGCACGAGGACAACAUGCUAGCGGGUGGGGACAUGCAGAUAACAAAGUCCAAACUCGGCAAACUGAUGACUCACAAAUGGACGCCCAAGAACUGGACUGUAGGGUACGGGGAGGAGAAACACAUGAUCAAAUUCGACCUGCACCUGGAGACUUAUUUUGGUCAGAGUUCAAUCAGGGUACCAGGGUUCAAUGAAAUGAAGGCUGAAGUCCGCCAGAUGGGUCCAGCUUACGUGUCUCUCAAGAUAGACCUGGGACUGCUAUUCCAGGGCUACUUCAUUCAGACCAUCCAGCCGGAGGAACAGUUUCUUCAAAGGGUCACCCACCGCAUCAUCGCCAAGCCACACAACCAGCUCCUACUGACCAAACUAUACCUCCAGAGUGAACGCUUCCAGUUUGAGAGAGAUGUAUCAAUGUGGAAUCACAAAGUGUACCAGACGAAUCCAGUGUUGAUCAAGGACGACGGACCCAUCCGAAAGUAUCGCAAUUGGUACCAGCAAUUUUACUCCACAGUAGCCAAAAAAGACGACUCAGCCGAGAUAAAUCAAAAUCCGAAAUACUCACAGAAAUCGGCUGAAGUUGUGCAGUCCACAACCAGCGAUAAAGAGGUCACCGAGAACAGUAUUAUUGUGAAUGGUCACGCGGACAAAUCAGGGUGGAAGAAGCCGAAUGACCUUGACUGGUGAUUGGUCGAUAACUUAGUAUAAUAACUUCUUAGCGACAUGGAACAUCAUUUGGUGCAUCGCUAUAUAGAGUUGCAAAAAGUUCGGACAGAAAAAUA